AUGAGGAAUACACUAAUUAUAGUGAAUAUAUUAGAAUAGAUACAAAAAUAUGAGCUAAUGAUCUCUGCGAUGAAUUAUUUGCAAUUACAAGACGGAUUUUUGAGUUUAUUUUGUCUAGGUAAGACAACUUUAAAAUAAUACUCUUUGGAUUUUUCAAGGAAUACUUUUGAGUACGAUGUUUCGGACUAAAUAGAGGAUAAAUGCAAAAAAAAAAAAAUAAAUUAAAUGGAAAGAUAAUUAAUAUUUAACUGUAUUUUAUCAAUGCUAGAAAUGGAAAGUUUGGCUAAUUAAAAAUAAUCAAUCUAGUACUUUAUUGGAUGCGGCAAUGAAGUAUUAGGACGUUUAGCUAUCUAAGCUCUCUUUCAUUAAUUAUAUAACUUAUUGUGA